CUUUCCCUGCCGUGGAGCGUCGCGCAGUUGCCCAGUGCGUCUCCUCAGUGAAAGUCCGGCACCGGGUCCAGGACUCCGGACCGCAGGGGAUUUAAAUCAAAAAGCAGCAGCAGCAGCAGAAGGAGGAGGAGGAAGGAGGAGGAGUAGUGGGCUGUACAGCAACAAAACCGACAGAAGUCCAGGGAAGAGGGGUCUCCCCAAAACCUGAGCCAUGAGUCGCAGCAUCGUGCGGCAGAGUAAGUUUCGCCACGUCUUCGGCCAGGCGGUCAAGGCCGAGCAGGGUUACGAUGACAUUCGUGUUUCCAAGGUGACGUGGGACAGCUCCUUCUGCGCCGUCAACCCAAAGUUCCUGGCGGUCAUCAUUGAAUCCAGCGGAGGAGGAGCUUUCCUGGUCCUGCCUCUGUCUAAGUCAGGCCGUGUGGAUAAGAACUAUCCUCUGGUGAUCGGACACUCUGGACCCGUCCUCGACAUCGACUGGUGCCCUCAUGACGACAACAUCCUGGCCAGCUGCUCGGAGGACUGCACUGCAAUGGUGUGGCAGAUCCCAGAUCAUGCACUGACCCGUCCCCUGUCUGACCCCGUUGUGGUCCUGGAGGGUCACUCCAAACGUGUCGGCAUCGUCACCUGGCAUCCCACCGCACGCAACAUACUCCUCACUGCGGGCAGUGAUAACCUGAUAAUAGUCUGGAACGUGGGGACGGGAGAACCCCUCCUCUCCAUGGACGACCACCCAGACCUUAUUUACAGCAUCAGCUGGAACCGAAACGGCAGCUUGUUCUGCACCACCUGUAAGGACCGACGUCUGCGUGUCUGCGACCCCCGCAAGAGGGAGGUGGUGGCGGAACGUUUGGCUCCACAUGAAGGAAUCCGGCCAAUGAGAGCCAUCUUCACCAGAGACGGAAACAUCUUCACCACAGGAUUCACCAGGAUGAGCCAGCGAGAGCUCGGCCUCUGGGACCCGACAAAUUUCGAGGAGCCUAUUGCACUUUUGGAGUUGGACACAAGUAAUGGAGUGUUGUUACCGUAUUAUGAUGCAGACGCAAACAUGGUCUACCUCUGUGGAAAGGGGGACAGCAGUAUCCGUUACUUUGAGAUCACAGAGGAGCCGCCGUAUGUUCACUACCUCAGCACUUUCAGCAGUAAGGAGCCCCAGAGAGGGAUGGGCUUCAUGCCCAAGAGAGGUGUGGACGUCAGCAAAUGUGAGAUCGCUCGGUUAUACAAGCUGCUUGACAAGAAGUGUGAGCCCAUCACAAUGACGGUGCCCAGAAAAUCGGACCUCUUCCAGGACGACCUCUAUCCAGACACAGCAGGACCUGAACCUGCCAUGGAGGCUGAAGAGUGGCUGGAUGGUCGCGACGAAGAUCCCAUCCUGGUGUCCAUGAGGGACGGCUACGUGCCGCCGAAGAGCCGAGAACUCAAAGUGGCGAAGAAGAACGUCCUGGACUCCAGACCCACCACCAGACGCAGCAUGUCCACUUUGGAAACCAACAGCCUGCCGCCUCAGCUGCUUGAGAGGUUGUUGGAGGAGAUUCAGAAUCUGAAGGCCACAGUUUUGUCUCAGGAGAAGAGAAUCUGCGACUUGGAGAAUAAGCUUUCCCAAUACACCAACGGCACUGCCUGAUGUGUGAGCACAUCUUCUGAAGAACUGGUCUGAAUUUCAGAAUUACUAUUAAUUAUAGAAACUAAUUUCCCUUGCAUUGACAAGGAACCACUCUUUUAAAUGCUCUAACAGUGUUGCCCCUUUAACAGGUACUGUUUUGUAAGAACGUGAAUUGAGAGUUCAACAAAUUUGACCAAAUUCCACUUACAGCCAUGUUUUUGUGGUUGAUUCGACAUAAUCCUUGUACCUUUAAUGCUACGGCAAUAUAUUGUAGCACAGGACAUCUUUACAGUAGUUUGAAAAGAGUGAGAGGAGUGUGAGGGUGAAGUGAAGGAGCUGUAAGUUUGAGGGACGUGUGCAAGUUUGGUUAAAGGUCUGAAGAAAGUCAACACUGUUAUCACUGUUUUGAACAGAGAAAAGGACAAUUAUAGAAAAAGGAACAAAAAUCAAGAGCCAGAUAAAAGACUGUCUGUCCGGAUUGCAACUUUUUUUGGCUUUGUUGAAUUACAUCCACAACUUUCCCAAACUGCAAACUUCCACAAUCUCUGAACGCUCACAUAGAAGCAUAGAAGAUACUCACCAAGCAAGCACACAUUUCAACACUAGCCUCGUCCUCUGUACCACGCGACCGGUUUAUUUCGAUAAAUCUCUCUGAAAACUUUUCAAAGUGUAAAUAGUGACAAUGGAAACAGGAGAAAAAAAAUGUUGAACUUGUAGGAAAAUGUGAAAAAGCAAAACGUUUUGUGUUCUGUAAAAGAUUCGACACAUUAUGACAACAAUAAAAACAGUGUUUUUUAAA